AUUUGCUCCAACCGCUAACGAAGUUUGCAGUCGUUGUAUAGCUCGGGAAGUGCACAGGUGUGAUAUUGGUGAAUCGAGAUGGAAGAAUUGGAGUCGUCCGCAUCGCUGCGUCACUCAACGGAUGAAUUAGAUUCAAAUGCAGUUAAUAGAAGCACAAAUUCGGCAAUACCGACGGCGCAGAGCACUUCCAACGACGUUACAGCACAGGGAAGCGAUCAUUAUGACACCAGUCAUCCUAGGCGUGGUAUAGCGCUCAUCAUCAACCAGGUGAACUUUAAAGAUUUGAGAAAAAGAGAUGGCAGCGACAAGGAUCGUGAUUGCAUCAGUGCGGCUUUGCAAGGAAUCGGCUUUGAGAUACGCACGUUAGAUGAUCCGAACAGAAAGGAACUGCUAGCGAUGCUAGAAAAGGUUGCCAACGAAGAUCAUUCACAGCACGACUGUCUGGUAGUGGUGGUGAUGACACACGGGAAGGAGAACAACUUACUGUACGCGCGCGAUAAGUCGUACGAAGCGGAUAGGCUGUGGGAACCGUUUCUUGGCAAUGCGUGUCCAUCGUUACGUGGAAAACCGAAGCUGUUUUUUGUGCAGGCUUGCAGGGGCAAACAGCUAGACCAGGGUGUGAGAUUGGUAAACAUGAGCAUCGAUGAAAAUGUGAGUGUGGACAGUGUUCCAGAACCGGUUAGCUAUGUGAUUCCUACCAUGGCAGACCUGUUAGUGAUGUACUCUACGUAUGAUGGGCACUACUCGUGGCGCAAUCCCGUGAAUGGUUCUUGGUUCAUUCAAUCACUUAGCAUCGUACUGACUGCGAUUGGCCAUCGUGAGGAGCUGUUGCACAUCCUCACUGCCGUGUCACGAAGGGUGGCCUUUCAUUAUCAAUCAGACGUUCCGCAAAACGUAAAAAUGGAUGCAAUGAAGCAGAUGCCCUGCAUAGUGUCUAUGCUCACAAAGCUUUUAUAUUUUCCUAAAAAAUCCUAGUGAUUGUGUGGUGCUUUGUGGUAGGACUUUGGCGUGUGUGAUUGUGAUGGUAUUUUGUGUAUUUGUGAUGGAUUAGAUUUUAUAGCGCUUCCAUAUGGGAUUUGGUCGGAAAGUUCGGUGAUUGUAAUGAAAUUGAUAUUUGUAAAACAAAUGAACUGAGUUAUUUUGUUAAAAUACAAAAAACAGGAUUGCUUAAAAAAAUAAAUUUGCUUUACGGAAAGUAUUUGAUAAACGGCAAAAGUAACAAUUUUAAUUCAAAAUAAACGAACGCGUUAUGUCGACCGA